AGGCCACACCUAAUCGAUCCCGCAUCUCGGUCGUGGGAUGAGUGCCGGCAGAUUUGCGCGUCGGCGCGCCGCCCCUCACUCCCAACAGUCAGCUGAAGCCCGAGGGCAGCGGAAAGUCUCUCAUUUGUUCCGCUGAAGCCGACCAUGAGCACAGCGCGCGCUCCACACGCACUCUUAUCCCACGCAGGCAGGCAAGCAGGCAAGCAGACAGGCACCUGUCCCGUCCCGUCCUCUUUUUUCUCACCUUUGAAUUAGCAUGACUCGCUGUGAUUGAUUGAGCAUGUCUGGGAAACCACUCCACUAAAUCCAAAGACUUGGAGUAUCAAUGAGCUUCUCGCUCCACAUGCCGGCUUCAGGUCACCAUGUUUGGGUACAAGCAUGGCAGAACCACCCAGUCGGACCCCCACAUCGCAUCUACGGUUGAACAUUGCGGCAAAACGCCCAUCAGGACGUUUUUGGACGACAGGCACACACACGCUCAUGUAAAUGUGUGUAGAAAGUGGUCCAGAGGGAACCUACGGAGCUUAUCUAAAGUCCAAGUGGUGGUCUUCCUGCUUGGUCUGACUCUGACUUUCCUCAUCAUGACUUCCUACGUCCUGACGUGGGACAAGAAAGGACUCCUUCUGACGCCCCCACCCUAUCACCUCAAAGCCGCCGACGUCCCCGCCAAUGCCACGUCAGGAGCAGCUGUGUCAUCGAGCAUCUCUUUGAAAAGGACGGUCAUAGACAUGAAGCAGCUGGUGAGGGUGAUCCGCUCCAAACUGGAAUACCCACCGAGGAGGGUUCCUGACGAGAAGGACAUCAUUGGGACCGACUCCCAUUUAUUUUCUGCGAUCCCUCGCCACUUUCUGCCAGGAGUUAAAAGCCCAUGCUGGUACGAGGACUUGUCUGUGGAAAAAACCCGAGAUCCCUACAAGGGGAACCUAUUCGCUCUGCGUUCCAAGACCUUCAAGAGAGUGUGCGACCGCCUGGCGUCCGCCUUCCAGCUGCAGCCGCGCCGGCGCGACGACGGCGGGCUGUCGCGCCUGCGCUGCCUGCCUUACUUCUACAUCAUCGGGCAGCCCAAAUGCGGCACCACCGACUUGUUCCACAGGCUGUUGCUGCACCCCGACGUCAAGUUCAACAUCAUGAAGGAGCCGCACUGGUGGACUAGGAAGCGCUUUGGUUACAUCCGCUUCAAAGACGGCUUCCAGGAAAGUUUUCCCGUGGAAGAUUACCUGGACCUGUUUGACUUGGCGGCGUACAACAUCCAAGGAUCAAGCGGCGGAAAUUCCCACAGAGACCGCCGCCGUCUUGUGCAACUCAUAACAGGUGAAGCCAGCGCAUCCACGAUGUGGGACAACCAAGCGUGGAGCUAUCUCCAUGGUGACAGGGCGGAGACAGAGCCACCAUUCCUUGCCCAGGACUUCAUCCACACGGUGCAGCCCGGCGCCAAAAUCAUCAUCGUGUUACGAGACCCUACGGAGAGGUUGUACUCGGAUUACUUGUACUUCAAGGUGGCAAACAAGUCGACAGAGGACUUCCAUCAGAAGGUGGUGGAGUCCGUGCAGCUCUUCCAAUCCUGCUUGUCGGAAAGGUCGCUUCGAUCUUGCGUGUACAGCACCAGCCUCUCCAACUCCAUGCCGGUGAGGCUGAAUCUGGGCAUAUAUAUCGUCUUCCUGCUGGACUGGCUGACGGUGUUCCACAGGGAGCAGAUUCUGAUUCUACGGCUAGAGGACUACGCAGCAAACCUUCAAGGGACCUUAAAGAAGGUGUUCGACUUUCUUAAUUUAGGUCCUUUUCCCGAGCAGGUGGAGAUGGCGCUGACCGAGCGGCCGUUGUCCAAUACCCGGCGUGCGGCCGACAGGAGCCUGGGUCCCAUGCUGCCAUCCACUUUGGACCUCCUGUGGGAAUUCCACCGACCGUUCAACCGUAAGCUGGCCAGCGUGCUGGACAAUUCGGACUUCCUUUGGAGUAACACAUGACUACCGACUCUUUGAAAAAGACACUUUGGGUGAAUGUGUGUGUUUUCCUUGUUAUUUAUUUCAUUUGUGUAUUACCAUGCUUGAAAAAAAAUUACAAAUAUUAAGGUGACAAACAAUACAACUUGAUGGUGAACAUUUAUUUGAUAUCCUUGAUGUCCAGCUCUCCAUCUGCAUUUCCUACUUUUGUCCUCACUAGUGAGACGAUAACUGUUCUACGAGUAAUAUUUUUUCCUCUUCCAGUACCAAUUUUGGCCUACUGGUACGAACUUGAGAUGAAUAUCAAGAUGUUUUUUUUUUCUUUCAUAGGAAUCGAUACACAGAAUUUUAAGGGAGGCAGGCAAACAAACGAUUCCUUAGAAUCGAAUUUCCAGGAUUUACAAGGGACUUAAUUGUUUGUUUUAGCAAUGCGAUUUAAUUGGUGCUCAAAAUUCAUAGUAGCAGAUUCGAUUCAUGGAUGAUUAAUUAAUUUUGGGGGAUACAAUCGAAAAAGUUUCAUCUAUCCAUCCAUUCAUUUUCUUUUGCUGCUUAUCCUCACGGGGGUUGCGGGCUGUAACGUUUCAAUGGCUGGAAAUCGUUUCAAUAAGUUUUUAGUCAAAAAUUCAUCUGGUGUGACUGUGAAAUUAAGCCCUGCAUACUGGACAGUGCAGGUUAAAUUCGGGUAAAACCUAAUUACGGAAAUUAAAUACUGUAUGAAGAUUUUCCUCAUUUACGUUCCUUUUAUGUGUGUUAUUGUAUAGUAUACUGCGUGUGUUUUCUAAUGGCCUGAGUGAAACGUUCAUGCUUCUGCGUUGCUGUCACAGAAGUGAAAUAAUGUCACUCAGUAGCGAAACCCUCAAACCUACUCUCACACGACACGGAAAUGUUCUCACAACCAACUGAAUCUCUCUCUCUCUUUCUGUCACACACACAAUGUACACUACUGAAAUGUUCUCAAAGACGUAAGAAACUUUCAUGCAUGAGCGAAAUCUUCUCAGGCACUACUGAAUGAUUGUCUAACACACUACUGAAACACCAGCGCACUCAUCCAUCCAUCCAUCCAUUUUAUUAGCCGCUUAUCCUUACAAGUGUCGCGGGGAGUGCUGGAGCCUAUCCCGGCUGUCAACAGGGAAGCCGGGGUGAGCAUGCAAACUCCACACGGGCGGGCCCGGAAUUUAACCUGGGACCUCAGAACCGUGCCGCCACACCAUCACAUACAAUACUUAAAUGCUGUCACUCUCACAACUGAAAGCCUUUUUCUCUCACCCGCACACUCACAGUGCUGAAAAUGUUUACCCUUCCACAUUGCUGAAAUGGUCUCAGGCCAAAAUGGUUCACUCAGACACACUACUAAAACUCACACACUGCUGAAAAGAUCUCACAAUACUAAAAUGCUCACACACUAUUGACGCACAAACACAGAUGAUUUAAAUGCCCUCACACUCAACAAAAAUGGUUCACCCUCACAGGCUCCUGAAACGAUCAGGCGCUCAUUGCAACUGGAAGGCUUUCACCCACAAGUGAAAUACUCACACGUGCAGUCCAAGCGUCAUCGCACCAGGAAGUGAAAUGUUCUUACGGGCACUACUGAAACAACUACAGUAAAGCCUCAGUUCUCGAACAUCCCCGUUUUCAAACGAAAAUUUCAAGAUUUUUUUGCUUCUGUUUUCGAAUAAAAAUCGGCACUUGAACGCCCCCAACAAAACCCGGAAAUAACAUAUUCCGGGCGGCCAGACCAGCCGACCCACGACGCGCUUUUGUGUGAAUUCCCACGCCGCCGGAAAACCCGGAAAUAACAUAAUGCGUGCGGCACAAACAGUUGACUCACCCAUGACGCGUUUUGUUAUUGUCUUUUUGAACGCCCCCCGAAAAAACUCGGAAAUAACAUCGCGGGCGGCGCAAGCAGUUGCUAUUCUGCACUUUUGUUAAUGAAAAAAGUUUACUAGGCUUGGGUCCAAGUCGCUACAGAUACAGCAAUCCACUCCCAAUCUAGCGUACUCUACUACUAAAGCAUAUAUUUAAAGCAAAAAAGGAAAUACAUUUCUGAAAUUAUUUUAUUAUUUAAAGUAUUUAAACUAUACACAUAUUUCUACUAUGCAGUUUAUUAUCAGGAUGAGCUAAAAAAAAAUGCUUCAAAAAGCCAAAUUUUUAGGCUUGGAACGCAUUAUUUUGUUUUUCCAUUGAUUGUAAUUACAUUCGGUUUUCGAACAAAUCACUUCUCGAACUGUUUUCUGGAACGGAUUGUGGUCAAGAACCCGAGGCAUCACUGUACUUCUGUGACAGGUUCAAAUUUCCUCGCCCAUGCAAGUGAAACACAC